GUCCUUUUCCGACAUGACGUAGGCAACCAACACGUUUUGCAGAAAAAGGGGACAGAGUCACGUGACAUGGAGUCGGCCAUGUUGUUCAAACAGGAUUCAUUGUUGAUGGAUAACAGAUUUUAGGAGUGAGCUGUACAAGACUAAUCCAACGAGUCACUGAAGGAUAAUGGAGAGGGAUGGAACCAAUGGAGAAGUUGACCAUGGUCCGAUUGAAGUCCAUGGAUCAUCCAUCCAGCAGUCUCUGGCCACCAGGAAGGUCAUUCAGCUCAAGAUAGACAACCCCUUUAUAACCAAUGGUGAUAUGGAUGAUGAAGGUGAUGACCCGUUCUGUAUAAAACCAUCUGUGACCAGCUCCCACAGAAAUUCUCAUCAGGAGACGGAGAAAGAUGCUGAGCCAGACAAUACAAGUAACUUGGCACCUUCCUCAGCUGAACGGGACAAUGUGAACUGUAAAGACAAAGAAAAUGAUGCAUUUGUGAUGAAAUCCAAGCAUAAUGGACCAAUGUCUAGUGUGGAUUCCUUCCUGAGUAAAGAGAAAUCUUUGCCCAAUGGUGAAUUUCUGACAGAAAUGAGAGUUGAUUCUCCUCCAGUUAAAGAUGCUGAACUUGUACCCGAACUGAACAAUGACACAAAUAAAAUUGACAACCUUGCCAAAGACAGUGAUAUACAUGUAGGUAAUACCUCGGAGAAAUCUGAGAGCAAAGUGUGCCCAGAAUUACCUGUAACAGGACAUUCCGUGGAAAGAAGCAACCAGAUUGAGGAAAAGAAAUUCAAAGACUUGGAAAAUGUAUCUAUAGAGGAAGACGUGGAGCAUGGCAAACUGUCUACCAAACUGGAUGUGGAAUCUGCAAAGUACCUGAUGUCCAUGGACAGUAAGGAUGGCAGUGAUGUGGGUGCUUCUCCAUCAUGCUCGGACCUGGUGGAACUUGAUGACUCAGUCAACAGUGUGACUGAAGGAAACUCCAGCUUUUUGGAGAGUAACAUUAGUGAAUCUGUUCAAAAAUGCGUAGCUUUAUCUGGUGAGGAAGAAUCAGGAAGUAAAGAAAUUACACGAAAUGUGAAAGUUACUGAAGAAAAUGUUGAGUCUGAAAUGAUUAAGGACAUGGGUGAUCAUGAUCUUAAAAAAUUUAGUGGAGAAAGAGGUCAGGAAGACAAGGAAAAGGUAAAAGGAGAAAGUGGUCAGGAAGACAAGGAAAAGGUAAAAGGAGAAAGUGGUCAGGAAGACAAGGAAAAGCUAAAAGAAGUAAGUGCUCAGGAAGACAAGGAAAAGCUAAAAGAAGAAAGUGAUCAUGGAGUUAAGGGAAAGAUAUGUGGAGAAAUGGAUCAUGAAAAAGAGCAUGCUAGUGAAGAGAGAGUGAGGAAAGAGGAAAAUAUGGAGACUGAUAAGGAAGUCAAAUCUCAAUUGAAACAGCAGGAAUGUUCACUUAACGAGGUCAGCUCUGAAAAAACCAAUUCUGUUGAAAAUGACUGCAAAGAAGGUAUAAGUGAAAAGAGUAGAAAUAAUGCAAACAUGGGUGAAGGCUUGACAUCAGAGAAAGAAGAAAAAUCUAUAGAGACUGUAGAUAAAGUGAAGGACAUUGAUGGAUCAGACAUUUUAAUAACCAUCAACGAAGACAGUGAUAAGGAUGAUGAUCCUCCAAAUGACAAAAAGAUCAGUCUUAACCCAACUCCACACACUCAGCAGAUGCCCAGGGUGACUAGUACUUUGAAGGAUGAUGUUGUGAUUGUAGACUUGUCUGAUGACCGGCCAUCACAGCCAGUACCACCCGCACCCCCUGCAGGACCAAUCAAGCCUGGCAUGGUCACUGUCGGACAAAAUGGACAACAAUAUGUUCAGCAUGUAAUUCACUGCCUUGAUGGUCGUAAGCAAAUAAUCCAAGUCCCGAUGACCACUUCUGCUGUCAUGCACCCCCCUAAAGGCACAGGGUUGUAUACAAGCCUGCUCAACAAAGCUGUUGCAAAUAGUGUUAGCCAUUCAGCUCCGAAACAAAAGCCUGAGGUCCAGGAUUUCAUUCAUCCUGAUGAUCUCAUCCCACAGUCCAGUUGGGAACAGCUUGCUUUAGUUCAAUUUGAAGCUUCACAGAAGAAGUUUGAUAAUACAUUCUGGAAUGGUAGCUGUCCAGUGAAGAGUGAUAUUAGUUCCAUGACAAAGUUCCUUCAGGACUUGGGAGGGGACAUAGUGAAGCAGUCUGCAUACAGUCAGAUUGUACAUGUACAGGGUAGGAAGUGUGACCAGGGAAAGUUAGGAGACAAAGAAAAAGAAAACUUAGAAAGAAUGAAAAAAGUGGUGAAAGAAUUAAAGGACAGAUAUAAACACUUAGAAUUAAACACAGAGAGAUGUGCUGGUUGUAAUUUUGUCACAGAAUCCAAAAAUGUGAUGGCAUUUCACAAGGAGCAUCCACACAUGGAUCCCCCAUUAGAUGCAUUCGGAACCCUGAAAUGUCCGCGAGAUGGCUGUGAAUUUUCCACAACAGUAUCACCAGAGGCCUUUGCUGUUCACAUGGAAAAAGAACACUCUGUGAAAGCCAGGAUAUACGAUAAACCAGAUCCUUACAAGUGUCAUCUUUGCUACUUUGAAGCAAAAGCAAAGAGCUAUUUGACAAGACAUAGAUUUAAAUGUGAUAAGCAGUUUAAGCUUAGCCAGAAUCUACACCCGAAUUACACAGAUAUCAAUUACUGCAUGAAAAAUAUCAUGUAUAAGUCACAAAUUGAAGCAAAAAAAGCACGGACUAAACCGGUGCCACCGGCUCCUAAACAGCCUAUACACCCACCACUGAUCAGACCAAAAAUUGUCAUGACAAAACCAACAGCACCCAUGAUGUUACAACAAGGGCCCAGAAAUACCCAGGUUCCCAUUAUGAUACCCUUAAGUCAAGCCCAAAUGGGCCAUUUCACUUUGCAAAGAGGGGUCAGGCCUGGGACGCAGCCAGUUUUGGUGUCCAUGAGCCAGAAUAUGGUAACCAAACCACCACCACAAACUGUUGGAGAACUGCUGAAAAAACAACAACAAGGAUUAGGAAGGCCUGUGGUACCGAGGCCUAGUGUCCCAGCAAGUCAACAGGCAGGAUUUGAAGUUUGUGAAAUUUGUGGGGGCUAUGUCAAAGAUCGAAUGUCCUUGCAAAUCCACUUCUAUUAUGCCCACAAAGUGGAUCUUCCUGCUGUGAUCUUUCAAAAGAACAAUCCACAGUUCAGAUGUAAUGUGUGCCAAGCACCUUUCUGGACUGCUAUGGGACUCACCAAACACAGACAAAGCUCAAGACAUUUUGAUACUGUUAUACAAGGACCUAAAACAGAGGUCAGGUGCUGGAUUUGCUUUCAGCAACCCGAGAAUCUUUAUAGUCACUUGCAGUCAGCUCAUCAGAUGACCACAAAUGAGUGCAUGAUACUUAGGCGAUGCAUGUUUUGUGCUAUUCAGACAAGGACAAGAAAAGAUCUAGAGAUGCAUAUGGCCUCAGCACAUGGCAUUCUCAUCAAAGGUGCUCCCACAACAGCUUCUGCUGCCAGUUCUCAUCCCACUAAACCGCAAGGUGUUAGGAAUAAUUUCUGUGUUUUCUGUUCCAAACAAUUUCCAGAUAAUACACAGCUAACGCUGCACUGUUUAAGAGACCAUGCAACUUGUUCAGGGUGUGGAAUGGUCGUGGCUAGAGCAGCAGACCUUGCUAAACAUGUUUGCAAGUCUGCAGGACGCAAAUGUCCCAUCUGUGGAUUGAAAAACCUAAAACAGGCAUUCUACAAUAAACACAUUCGUACCCAUGUAAAAAAGUGUUCUGUGAAAAUAAAGCGGUUGACUGAAAGACAGAUUGAGAAGGCCAUGGGUAAAGAACGAAAAGCAGAGAUGGAUCUAGCAAAGCAAAGAGAGAUUUUCACCAAACUAGAGUCUGAGAUCUGGGAUGAGAUUCAGAGUAGGCGGAAGCGAGAUGAAAUGGACACUACAAGCACAAAUUCUAGGAAGAGAAAGAGCAAUGAAAGUGACAAAUCGGCAAAUAAGAAGGUCAAGUCUGAGGGCAGUGAAAAUGAUGUGGUUGUGGUGGAGUGACUGUCGCAUUAAAUAUUGUCAGGGAUUUGUUCUCCAUCACAAAUCAUGGUACAUUUUCUGUCAAAAAAUUCAUGGUCAUAAUCCAUAAAAAAUAAUCAUGGUACAUAACAUGUUGGAGUGUUUUACUAUGUAAAAUUGUGUUUUAUGAAUUGAAUUAAUGUUUCACAGUAAGUCUCCAUGUUUGUCUGCAUAAAGUGUGGAUAAAUGUUGUACACAUUCCUUUUAGAUAGUCAACAAACAUUCAGAACUCUUGAUUCAAAUGAACUGGUAAUUGCUAUGUAAGGAUGUAAGUAUCAGUCAAAGGGAAACUAAUCUUGUGAUGUUUCAAAAUAGAAACAAGCAGUUUGCUCUUUGGCUAUGUAUUUAUAUUCUGCCAUUGUAUAUCUCAAUUUAUUGGGUAUGUGAUCUGUAAAACAUCAUUCUUGAUUACGUACAAUUGUCCCCAAUAUUUUGAACUACCCACAUUAGAUACUGGUAUCUUCAGCAUCUUUGAAUGCCAAAUUAUGUUUUCAUGGCUUUAAUUUUGGUCUAUUCUCUGGUUGCAGGUAGACAGUAAUGUUGUUAUGUAUGGAAAAUCUCCUCACAAUUGUCAAUUUGGGGGAACAAGCCACAUGUUAAUACAAAUUUGCUUUUUUGGCUGAAUAUUUUUGAUUUUUACAUGGCAGGAUGACGAUAUUUUAAUUUGAAGAAGGAUGUUGUGGAAUAUCUAUUUUAAUUAUUAUAGUGUCUUUAUAUUGUUAUUCAGUGAAUAUUUUAUUGUUUUUCCAAGGAAUCUGAUAGAAAGCACGAUAAUAUGUGCUGAAUUUUUAUGAUCGUUGUUAGUCCUUCAAAUUUUUUCUUUAUUUUUCCAUUUAUACAACUAUGUAUUUUGAAGUCAAUGACUGAAUACAGUUGUUUGUCUUUAAAUCUUCUGUAUAAAUAUAUUGACUUUUUAAGUGAUUUGAUUGAAUUAAGCGGUAAGUUUUGUUCUUUCAACAUAUUAAAAACAAACUGGACUAUUAUUAACUACAUGAUAAAAUUGACAACUCUAUGUAUCAGUUUAUUUGGUGCUCAUGUAUGUGAAUGUUGGCGUAUGGAUAUAUAUUCUUGUUUUGCGUGCUAUGAAGUCAUAGCAGAAGUGAUUCACUAGUCUUGUAUUAUCUUUAUCUCUUACUUACUGGAUGAUCUCGAACUUAUACAGAGAACUCUACAUUUUGAGUUUUCCUUCAUACAGAUGGCUUUGUUAUUGCAAUGUGGUAUUCCUCUACAUUGUCCCCUCUGAACACUUUUUGAGUUUAUAAUGUGAAUUUUUCCCCCUAGGAACAAUUUGUACAGUAGAGAUGUUGUGAAACUUGUAUAUUGUCAUGGUAUCUCUUAUUAAAUGUUCAGAAAUGUU